AUGAGCGUUCAAACAAAGCUUGCAUUUCCAAAAGCCGGUCAUCGCAAUGGUGGAGAUCGGCGCAAUCGACUUCAAGAAAUCGCGCAGAGCACGAUGGACGCGAUUGAGAAUGGCACAGUCACCAUCGCCAACUUCAACUUCUCCAAUCAUAACACCCGCUACUAUGCUCCAGAUUAUUUGUUGUCCACCUGGUCCACCAGUGACCCACCACGUAAUCCCACAGCGAAAUCUGAGGUGUCUAUCCUCGAGAUUUCGACACUUGAUGGUGCCAGAUUGUUGUUCAAUACCAUUUCAUCUCGUUCCACGAGCUUCGGCCGAAUAGCAAUCUUGAACUUUGCAUCUGCUACACGACCUGGAGGCGGUUUCUUGAAUGGGGCACAAGCUCAAGAGGACGCGCAGCGCUUCUACCAACUACAUACCCAUGAUAGAAACAGAGGGUUUUAUCAUCACGCAAUGGUAUACACACCUUCUGUCGUGAUCUUGAAGGAUGAUGCAGGGAAUUGGGCGUCGCCUUUUGAAGUCGAUGUCCUAACAAGCGCAGCUGUAAAUGCUGGCGAUGUGAGGAAGAAGAUCGGAGAUAAGUCAGAGCUUGCGGAGAUCGAGGAGCCCAUCGAAUCUGUCAUGAAAGAAAGGAUGGCGCGCAUUUUGUUCUUGUUUGAACAGCAGGGUGCUAAGAACAUCGUCUUGGGCAGUUUUGGAACGGGGGUAUUCCAAAACGAUAUCAAAGUUGUUGCGAAGAUCUGGGCAGAGUUAUUGACGGUGAAAGGUGCGCGAUACCGGCAUUCGUUUGAUCGUGUAGUAUUCGCCAUUCCUCGGGAAGGAUACUUUUACCACUUUCGAGCAAUCAUUCGAGCAGCAGACUAG